CAAGUUUGUUGACAUGCUAACUUAGCUAAGCUAAUGCUAACGAGUGAAGGACGAGCUCAAAUAUGGCAGUUUAGCUCGAGCUGAUUUAGGUAGCAGUCGAAAACAUUUGCUAAAACUUAACAAUAUUAACGAUACUGUGUUACUUACAAGCACAAAGAAUGUUUUAAUGAGCAGGUGAAUUACGAUUCCACAUACACAUGUCGGAAAGGGACACUCAAGCCCCACAGAAUGUUGUGUGUUACACCAAAUCUGGUCCGUGAUGUCACAAGUGUCAGCUACGGAAAGUUCCGGUUAGGCUUACGUUCACGCAGUUUACCACCAGAGGGUGCAGGAACCAAAGAACAAAAAUACACAGACAGGAAAGCGACCUACUGAAUUCAAAUCCCAUCACAGUGACUCAGAGAUCAUCAGAUCAGAUCAUUUUUUACAUAACGUAAUAAAUUUAAGCCGCUUAUUUGAACUACUAUUUGAACUUACUGCUACUACAAAUACAGUUAAUGUCUGCCUUGUACGUGGGAGUUAAUUUUACAAGUCAUCUGGUUUUCGCAUUAAUGGACGACAGUAGGAAAAAUUUAAACAGUGUCAUUUGAGACUUUUUCACACAGCAUCCAAACAGUCUCCAUGUGAAACAGCCCAAAACACAAAGCAGUUAUGUAAAAUGAAAACUGUGUUAACCCUCCAAACUGCAAUGGACUGACCCUGACUUAUUGUAGAGCAGUCUGCUUUUUUGAUAAUUAGCUGUGUUAAUAUCAUUUUCUUGUCUGUGGUGCUCAGUUGUAACUAUAGUUGUCCACACCGUCCACAUAACAUUUCAAUAAUAUUUCCACAACUAAUUGCUGUGUGAAUGAAUGAGAGAGUCAGGAAAGUCCUUUCGGUCAGUCAUCAAGCUGUGAACUGGACGAGCACUGAAAUGUUGGAGCGGCCCCAGAGCCCCCGACUAGACACACACAGCACAUGAGCUCAUCUGAUGCUCCUCAGUUUGUCUCAGCCCGGCCAGAGGACCAGAUUCUGCGACGAAAUGCCACCCAAAGAGCCACAGCUGACCGGACUGCAAGCACUGCCCGCAGCUAAAUGAGAUUCUAGGAUGGAAAUGUUGCUGCAGGGAAACCUGAGGAGAGGAGCGGCGCUCUGCCUCCUGCUGCUGGCUCUCCUACACGGGGCCACAGGCCAGAGGAGGAGGACAGGACGCAGGAACAACUACAGGCUGCACGAUGAUGGAGAAAAUGGUUUGACAUGUUCACUGGAGGUUGCUUUCAUCCUGGACAGUUCUGAGAGUGCAAAAAUAUUCCUGUUUGAGAAGCAGAAGGCCUUCGUGUUGAGCUUCAGCACCCGCCUCGCUGGGCUGCAGGUGGCCGGCUGGAUCCUGAAGGUGCGAAUGGCUGCGCUUCAGUACAGCAGCUCAGUGUCCAUAGAGCACAGAUUCUCAGCCUGGAAAGACCUGGAUUCGUUUCACGCUCAAGUCAGCACCAUGAACUAUAUCGGCCAUGGCACUUAUACCACGUACGCCAUCACCAACGCCUCGCAGCUGCUGGUGCAGGAGACGCCUGCGGAGAGUGUCAGGGUUGCGGUGCUCAUGACUGACGGGGUCGAUCAUCCCCGCAGUCCCGAUGUGAUCGCAGCGGCAGCCGAGGCCAAAGGUCAUGGCAUAAAGUUCUUCACUGUGGGUUUAUCAGACAUAGCCCAGCAGAGCCAGAAUAACGCCAAGCUCCGCGCCAUCGCCAGCACACCUGCCCAGCAGUUUGUCCACAGUCUUCUGAAUCCCCAGCUGGAGGAGAAACUGCUCAAAGAGAUGGGUGCAGUCGCGUUUGAAGGGUGUCCACAGGCUCAAGUGUGUCUGUGUGAAAGAGGAGAACGGGGCCCUCCAGGAAGUCCAGGUAGAAAAGGAGAACCAGGCUUCAGGGGGCCACUCGGUCCAAAAGGAGCCAGGGGAGAGCCCGGCUUGAACGGUCGACCAGGCAGUGAUGGUCCAGAGGGCCGACCGGGUUAUAAAGGAAACAAGGGGGAGAGAGGAGACUGUGGCACUCCCGGGGAAAAGGGUGACACCGGACCCGAGGGACCUCCAGGCCAACGAGGACCAAAGGGAGAACAGGGUGCAACAGGACCACUGGGAGACAUGGGUGCUGAGGGCCCACCAGGACCUAAAGGAGACAGAGGACCCAGUGGUACAUCUGGACCACCAGGGGACACUGGAAUUGGAUUUCCAGGAGCCAAGGGUGAAAAAGGCAUUCAGGGAAGACCAGGUCCCACAGGUCCUGUUGGGAUAGGAGAACCAGGACUACCAGGUCCCCCAGGACUCCUGGGCCCACAGGGAAACCCUGGACCACCAGGAGAAGGGUUUGCAGGGCCAAAGGGCGAUCGAGGAUACGACGGCCCCAGGGGCAAUCGUGGGCUUCCUGGUGUGGGACUCAAAGGUGACAAGGGCAAUCAGGGGCCUCCUGGGAUUUCAGGACCAGUUGGCGCUCCAGGUGUAGGACUUCAAGGAGAAAAGGGUGAUGUAGGCCCAGCUGGACCUCCAGGUCCCAGAGGCCUUCCAGGUAUUGGAAUAGAAGGGCAAAAGGGGAAUCAGGGACUCCCAGGUGAAGCUGGAGCACCAGGUGAAAGAGGUGUGGGAGAACCAGGACCCAAAGGUGACCCAGGAUCUGAGGGGUUACCAGGUAUACCAGGUCAGCCAGGAGAGGAUGGAGCCCCAGGACAGAAGGGUGACAUUGGGUUACCAGGGCCCAGAGGACCUGACGGAGCUCCUGGUAAAGGUGCACCUGGCGCAAGGGGAGACAAAGGGGACAGGGGGACCAGGGGCUCGCCAGGAGCAGUCGGUCCUGUGGGGCCAAUGGGAGCAAAGGGGGAGCCAGGAAAUAUAGGACCACCGGGAAAAACUGGACCAGCAGGGAGGGGUUUACCUGGUGUCAAGGGAGACCCAGGUCCGCCAGGUGCACCUGGAGCUGUGGGAGAGCCGGGGAUGGGUUUAACUGGACCCAAAGGAGACAGAGGGUCCCCAGGCCUUUCUGGCUUACCUGGACUGAAGGGUGAUGGUUACCCCGGCCCUCCAGGGCUUCCGGGGCCUCCAGGUCUGCCAGGAGAGACCGGAUCAGAUGGUGUCGGUUUACCUGGACCAAAGGGCGACAGAGGCUUGCCUGGACCUCCUGGACCUGCUGGGCCACCUGGGAUCGGCCUUGUGGGCUCUAAGGGAUCAGCUGGCCAGUUGGGACCACCUGGUCCACCGGGGUUACCUGGAGAGGGCAUCCAAGGUCAAAAGGGGGAACCUGGAUUUCAGGGAAUCUCUGGCCCCAGAGGUCCUCCUGGGCAAGGUCUGCAGGGGGACAAGGGGGAUCGAGGGUUCAGAGGUGAAAAAGGCAAAAAGGGAGACAAAGGAGAAUCUGGAGAGGCAGGAGCCACCGGACCUUUGGGCAGAACGGGGCAAAAGGGAGAGCCUGGACUUACAAGGGAAGAAAUCAUCAAAAUAGUGAGAUCCAUCUGCAGUUGUGGAGUGACAUGUCGCCAAACCCCCCUGGAGCUCGUUUUUGUGAUCGACAGCUCUGAGAGCGUCGGCCCCGACAACUUCAACGUAAUCAAAGACUUUGUGAGCGCCCUGAUCGACCGAGCCUCGGUCGGCCGGGACACGACGCGGGUGGGGGUGGUCCUGUACAGCCACAUCAACAUGGUGGUGGUCAGCCUCAGACAGGAAGCCACACGCGAUGACAUCAAGUCUGCGGUGCGUGCCAUGACCUACCUGGGUGAAGGUACGUUCACGGGCAGCGCCAUCCAACAGGCCAACCAGGUGUUCAAGGCCGCACGGGCAGGAGUGAGGAAGGUGGCCAUCAUCAUCACAGACGGGCAGGCCGAUAAAAGAGACGUAGUCAGCCUGGAGAGCGCCGUGUCAGAAGCUCAAGGGAGCAACAUCGAGAUGUUCGUGAUCGGCGUGGUGAAUGAGAGCGACCCGCUGUACGAGGAGUUCAGGAAGGAGCUCAACCUCAUGGCCUCCGACCCCGACAGUGACCACGUGCACCUGAUCGAAGAGUUCAAAACACUUCCAGCUCUGGAGAGGAAACUGCUGAGUCAUAUCUGUGAGGACGGAGAAAGACACUUGUUCAGCUCCAUCCCGAGCUCCAGACUGCCUCCAGGAGUACCUGAAGUCUCCAGUAACGUUCGAGAACCUCCGUACAGGACCGAUACAGACACACCCACCUUCACGGGAGACUUCAGGAGAGUUCAGAUGGUGCCCGGCCCUCCAGCAUCACUCCCAGAUAGAGAACCCAUCAGUCCACAGAGACCCAAAACGGACGACAGAUCCUCCACAGAAAUUCAGAGAUUUCCCCUCUUCGACAGGGAGCCCUUCAGACCUGUAACCGAGUUCCUCCCACAGCUUGACACGGGGGAGCCCACAAACCGUAUCGUGAUGACUGGAGCCAUCGGGCCGGCGGGUCCCACUUUGAAGGCCCCGCUGAAGGAGGGGACUCCACCUCUGCUGCUACCAACUCCUGCACUGCUGCCUUCAGACACCUCCACAUCAGCAGAGCGCUGCAGGCACCUCCUGGAUCCAGGACCUUGCCGGGACUACGUGGUGAAGUGGUACUACGACGCCACAGCUAAUGCCUGCGCUCAGUUCUGGUUCGGAGGCUGUCUAGGAAACAGCAACCAGUUCGAGACCGAGAGGAGCUGCAGAGAAACCUGCGUCAAAGUCUAGCUUGCACAGGCCUUCGUAAACGCUCAUAAAACGUUUCGCUGGGACUUCACACCAAGAAGUCCUCUUCCACUUUAGUGCGUUAGUGUUUUACUUGUAGUUAUUUCUACGCAGGGAAAAGAAACAGCAGAUGUUACAAAGGAGGCAUCGUUAAAUCAAGUUAGCCUGAAAUGGAGUUAAAGGUUUUAAACUGUUCAGUAGGACGAGCGUUAUUAUGUGGGUUUUUCUUCCUGUUGAGCAGAGGGAUUUGUGAAACGUGCUAAUCAAGCCGAGCUAAUGCAGAAAUGUGAUGUCUGUGAUGUUACUUACGCCGUUAAACAGUCGUGUUGAAAACAAAACUUUGUGACCACUAACCUUUCUGUUCAGAAAAAAAUAACAGUUUUGUAUGAUGCCAUGUUGUAUUUUUCUACGUACGUUUUUUUUUAAUGUUUUUAAUACUGUGAAAUGUCAUUAAAGAAAAAAAAACCCAAAACAAGUGAACUUGU